GUGGGACGAACGAUUUUAUGGACCUCUUGUUAGGCUUUUGAUUUGGGGAAGUCGAUUUACUUUCAUUUGAGGAAAUCUUUUUCGGGCUUGUCGAACAUUUUUUGAUUUAUGGGCGUUCACGAACACUUCCGUUGUGAUGUUGGUUGAAAAGAAAAUAGGUUUAUUCGUUUCGGAUAGGAAAUUUCACCUUACAGCACGAGUAAAAGUAGCCAAUUAAUAGGUUUUACACACAGCUAUUAAGUUCUUUUCACAUGGUAUACACCGUUUCAGCACACAGAAUUAACCUUUAUUAACCCCACAAGCAAAUGUGGUCAGCACUCUUUGAUGACUUGUAAUUACGAAGCGAUCAGAAAAAGAUUUUUACACCACACAUGCGGUUUAACCUUUAAUGUUCUCAUCAACCUUUAGUUGGACUCGAAUUUAAUUGUACUCCUUUCUGGGUCGCGCAAAUGUAAAACCCGAUUGGCAAUUUCUCUAAAACAAAAAAUGUUUUAUUUGCGAAACUAGAACCAAGGUUAUAAAUCUCUCAGGCGAUAUCAAUCCAGAAAUUAGAUUUAUAACCCAAAGCUGCGGGAUUUUUUUAUAUUUCGGACAAAAAGAAAGCGGAUCUGACUAUUAACAUAAAAUUUUGAUAAAGACAAAACACGGAAUCGCUUCGAAGACAUCAAAGUUCUGCGGUGGUAAAAUGCUAAAAUUAUAUUUGCCAGAUUUAUUGACAAAUGGGUUCGGAUCUACUUUGUGGAACUAGGUCGAGUGAUGAUAAAGGGCUUUCGAUUGAAGAUUUGGAAUAUGCAAAGAAAUUUUGCUGAUAAAAUAGUUUGAUGGACAGCCUAAGAGCUUCAUUAAGUUGUUAAUGUUUUUCGCAUAUACUUUUAAGUAUUUGAAUAUUAAGAUGGAUCUGUUGAGCUGUGCUAUAAGAACCGUUAAAUGGCUAGGGCAGCCCAUCAGUUUGUGUUUGCUAAGCGAUUCGGUCGGUUCGCCGGGAAUAUGAAACUCAAUCCGCCAGUUGUUCUACUCCUUCUUGCUCUUAUUUCGAUCUGCGAUCGAAGCUGGGCCGUCUAUAAUUAUAUGCCACCUUCCCGCGGUUAUUUCUAUCCGAAGCCAGCGCGUUUGCCACCUCUGCCAGUCAAUGGAUCUGCGACUUCCAGUACCGGCCCACCGCCCGGAGUUCAAUCGGACUUCAUUGAUGAUCUGAUUGAGGGCCAUAAGCAGCAAAUCUUAUCGAAUGUCUUGGGCGUGGCCAGUGAAACUCCCUCGGAUCCAGCCUCCUCCCUCGGAUCGACAUCCUCAUCCUCGUCAGCCUCCCCAAUAUUUCCCCUCGAAGGCGGUGGUGCCAAGGCGUUUCGCGUUAAUCGCUGUGCCAGCUGCACCUGCGGCGUUCCGAAUGUGAAUCGCAUUGUGGGCGGCACCCAAGUGCGGACGAAUAAAUAUCCGUGGAUAGCGCAGAUCAUCCGCGGUACCUUCCUGUUCUGCGGCGGAACUUUGAUCAACGAUCGCUAUGUCCUGACUGCCGCCCACUGUGUCCACGACAUGGACAUGAGGGGCGUGUCCGUUAGACUAUUGCAGCUGGACAGGAGCUCCACCCACCUGGGAGUCACCCGGUCGGUGGCCUUCGCCCAUGCCCACGUGGGCUACGAUCCGGUGAGCCUGGUCCAUGACAUAGCCCUUCUGCGAUUGGAUUAUCCCAUUCCGCUGGUGGACACCAUGCGCCCAGCCUGUUUGCCCAGCAACUGGCUACAGAACUUCGACUUCCAGAAGGCCAUCGUGGCGGGAUGGGGCUUGAGUCAGGAGGGUGGCUCCACCUCCAGUGUCCUGCAGGAGGUGGUGGUGCCCAUCAUCACCAAUGCCCAGUGCCGUGCCACUUCGUACAGGUCGAUGAUCGUGGACACCAUGAUGUGUGCCGGUUAUGUGAAAACCGGAGGGCGGGAUGCUUGUCAGGGCGAUAGCGGUGGUCCCUUGAUCGUCAGGGAUCGCAUUUUCCGAUUGGCUGGAGUUGUGUCCUUUGGCUACGGAUGUGCCAAGCCAGAUGCUCCUGGUGUCUAUACUCGAGUGUCUCGUUAUUUGGAAUGGAUAGCAGUUAAUACAAGAGACUCUUGCUACUGCAUAAACUAGUCCGUUUAAAAUAAUAAUAAAUCCUAGAAAGAUUAUUUAUUUGACUAACCCUAAA